AUGAAUACCCGGGAGGAAACUCAUGUGUGGCCCUGUGUGUGUGUGUGUGUGGAAACUUCAGGAAACUUGUGUGCUUGUGUGGUAGAACCUGCGGACGCUCUGAUCGUGGCGGUGAAAGGCGGCUACAGCGAGGUGGUGAAGGAGCUGCUGAAGAGAAACCCGAACGUCAACAUGACCGACAAGGACGGCAACACGGCGCUGAUGAUCACUUUUCAUGAGUGGCUACAUCGAGAUAGUCCAGGAUCCAAGCUGGAUCCAGGGAUCUACCGCCAACAUCCCAGACCGAGUGGUGACACUGUGCUGAUUGGAGCAGUGCGGGGGGGUCAUGUGGAGAUCGUCAGAGCUCUGCUGCAGAAAUACGCCGACAUCGACAUCAGAGGACAGGAGAAUAAGACGGCGCUGUACUGGGCCGUGGAGAAAGGGAACGCCACCAUGGUCAGAGACAUCCUGCAGUGUAACCCCGACACCGAGACCUGCACCAAGGACGGAGAGACUCCUCUGAUCAAAGCCACCAAGAUGAGGAACAUCGAGAUCGUGGAGCUGCUGCUGGAUAAAGGCGCCAAAGUGUCCGCCGUUGACAAGAAAGGAGACACGCCGCUGCACAUCGCCAUCCGCGGGCGUAGCCGGCGCCUCGCCGAGCUCCUCCUCAGGAACCCCAAAGACGGGCGCCUGCUGUACCGCCCCAACAAGGCCGGCGAGACGCCCUACAACAUCGACUGCAGCCACCAGAAGAGCAUCCUCACGCAGAUCUUUGGAGCUCGUCACCUGUCCCCCACAGAGACAGAUGGAGACAUGUUGGGGUACGACCUGUACAGCUCGGCGCUGGCCGACAUCCUGAGCGAGCCCACCAUGCAGCCGCCCAUCUGCGUGGGUCUGUACGCCCAGUGGGGCAGCGGCAAGUCCUUCCUGCUGAAGAAGCUGGAGGAUGAGAUGAAGACCUUUGCCGGGCAGCAGAUCGAGCCCCUGUUCCAGUUCUCCUGGCUGGUGGUCUUCCUGUCUCUGCUGCUGUGCAGCGCGGUUGCCGUGGUGCUCGGCUUCACCGUGGAUCCCAGACUGGCCCUGGCCGUGUCCCUCAGCCUGCUGGCGCUGCUCUACCUCUUCUUCGUGGUGGUGUACUUCGGCGGGCGGCGGGAGGGCGAGAGCUGGACAUGGGCGUGGUUGCUAAGCACCCGUCUGGCCCGUCACCUUGGUUACCUGGAGCUGCUGCUGAGGCUGAUGUUCGUCAACCCACCAGAGCUGCCAGAGCAGAGCACCAGAGCUCUCCCCGUCAGGUUCCUGUUCACCGACUACAAUCGGCUGUCGAGCGUCGGCGGCGAGACGUCGAUGGCCGAGAUGAUCGCCACGCUCUCCGACGCCUGCGAGAGAGAGUUCGGCUUCCUCGCCACGCGCCUCUUCAGAGUGUUCAAAACAGAGGAGGCCCCAAGGCGGGGUACGAGUGGAAGACGUGGCUGCGCCCCUCCUCCUCUUCUCUCUUGCUCCUGCCUGCUGGCGCGUAUCCUGCUUUCGCCCUUCAAGCUGCAGCGGGAGAACCGCAGGAUUGAACGGGUGCUGGUGCCGUGGUCGCAUGGCGAUGCUGCAACCGGCACCUGGUGGCAGAGGCUACGGGCGGUAAUAGGAUGCACAAGCUCAAAGGUAGGCUUCAUGAAGGUGCUGAAGACGGAGGUGGAGCUGAUGGCGAGGAUGGCGAAGACGAUCGAUGGCUUCACGCAGCAUCAGACGCGUCUGGCGGUCGUCAUCGAUGGACUGGACUCCUGCGAACAGGACAAAGUUCUGCAGAUGCUCGACACGGUGCGGGUCCUGUUCUCUAAAGGCCCCUUCAUCUCCAUCUUCGCCAGCGACCCCCACAUCAUCAUCAAGGCCAUCAACCAGAACCUGAGCAGCGUGCUGCGCGACUCCAACAUCAACGGCCACGACUACAUGAGGAACAUCGUGCACCUGCCCGUCUUCCUCAACAGCAGGGGGCUGUCCAGCGCCAGGAAGAUGGCCGCCGCCGCCGUGGCGCCCGCCAACGCCAACGGGGACGCCGCCAACGCCGACGGUUGGCAUGAGGAGUUAGACAGGAAACUGUCUCAGCACAGUUUGGGAGAACUGACCAAGUUUGGCAGCAAGACGACACUCAACCGUCGGGACACGUACCGGCGGCGCCAGGCCCAGCGCUCCGUUCCUCGCCAGAUGUCCUUUGACCUCACCAAGCUGAUGGUGGCCGAGGAUUGGUUCAGCGACAUCAGCCCCCAGACCAUGAGGCGCCUGCUCAACAUCGUCUCCGUCACGGGCCGCCUGCUGAGAGCCAAUCAGAUCGCCUUCAACUGGGACCGCCUGGCGUCCUGGAUCAACCUCACGGAGCAGUGGCCCUACCGCACGUCCUGGCUCAUCCUGUACCUGGAGGAGAGCGACGGCGUCCCCGAACACGCCACGCUCAGGACCAUCUACGAGAGGGUGGCGAAGAGCAUCCCGACCACCAAGGACGUGGAGCCGCUGCUGGAGAUCGACGCAGACGUUCGGGGGUUCGAGGUCUUCCUGUCCUCGCGGACCCCGGUCCUCACCGCCAGGGACAUCCGCACCUUCCUGCCCUGCACCGUGAACCUGGACCCCAAACUCAGGGAGAUCAUAGCAGGUAACACGGUCUACCUGGACCCCCAAACUCAGGGAGACCAUAGCAGGGACAUCGAGCGUAACACGGUCUACCUGGACCCCCAAACUCAGGGACAUCAUAGCAGGGACAUCACAGCAGGUAACACUGUCUACCUGGACCCCCAAACUCAGGGACAUCACAGCAGGAAACACUGUCUACCUGGACCCCCAAACUCAGGGAGAUCAUGGCAGGUAACACUGUCAACCUGGACCCCCAAACUCAGGGACAUCACAGCAGGUAACACUGUCUACCUGGACCCCCAAAUUCAGGGACAUCACAGCAGGGAGAUCAUGGCAGGUAACACUGUCUACCUGGACCCCCAAACUCAGGGAGAUCAUAGCAGGUUAUACGGUCUACCUGGACCCCCAAACUCAGGGAGAUCAUGGCAGGUAACACUGUCUACCUGGACCCCCAAACUCAGGGAGAUCAUGGCAGGUAACACUGUCAACCUGGACCCCCAAACUCAGGGUGACCAUAGCAGGGACAUCAUAGCAGGUAACACUGUCUACCCGCCCCAAACCAGUAACACUUCUACCUGGACCCCCAAACUCAGGGACAUCACAGCAGGAACACUGUCUACCUGGACCCCCAAACUCAGGAGAUCAUGGCAGGUAACACUGUCUACCUGGACCCCCAAACUCAGGGACAUCACAGCAGGUAACACUGUCUACCUGGACCCCCAAAUUCAGGGACAUCACAGCAGGGACAUCAUAGCAGGUUAUCACGUCUACACCGGCCCCCAAACUCAGGAGACCAUGGCAGGAGACAUAGCAGGUAACACUGUCUACCUGGACCCCCAAACUCAGGGAGAUCAUAGCAGGGAAUCAUGGCAGGUAACACGGUCUACCUGGACCCCCAAACUCAGGGAGAUCAUAGCAAGUAACACUGUCUACCUGGACCCCCAAACUCAGGAGACCAUAGCAGGUAACACCGUCUACCUGGACCCCCAAACUCAGGGAGAUCAUGCAGGUACUACUGUCUACCUGGACCCCAAACUCAGGGACAUCAUGUGCAGUGCUGUCUACCUGGACCCCAAACUCAGGGGCGGGGGAAGCGUGUCCUCUUUAACACCUUCCCUUUCAACCAUCUCUCUACUUCUACCCACCCCUUUACCAAUCAGAGGGGACUGUGUCCUCCCUUUAAGGAUGCCCUUUAACAACUCUACCUGUGAUCAGGCAGUGGUGCAGGGGGCACACCACCACACCGGCACCCCCAUACAACACCUUCAGCCUACUGCCACCGGAUGGGGGAUGUUUAAUCGCUGGACGUUGUUUUUGAUUUCUGAUGCUCUAAAACUGAAGUCAGUCAGAAACCAUUUCCACUUUGUGCCAGCCACCUUGUUUUCCAGAUGUUUCAUUCCCUGUCUGUCUGUCUGUCUGUCUGUCUGUCUGUCUGUCUGUCUGCAGUAUAAGGUUUCAUCUUUGAAAAAGAAGCAGGGCUCGGCCUCGGUGGUUUCGGGCGCGCCGGCCGUCCUGCUCAGCUCCAUGACGACGGAGAGCGUCUGUGAGCGCGUGCGGCUGAUCGACGGCAUCGACCAGAGCAUGAUGGGACAAUACAGCGCCACCAUCAGGAAGGUAACGUCUGAGGGAGGAAAGGAAGGAAGGAAAGGAGACGACAGGAAGGAAAGGAGAAUAAAGGAAGGA